GGCACCAGGGCAAAGGAAAUGCCUCGCUCUAGGACGACUUCCGGUCACAUGACAAGAGCUCUCCCGUGCGCAUGCUCUCUGUGUUGGCUGAGCAGUGGUUAUCCUGGUAACGGGGAGCACUCGCCAUGGGCAGGAGGUAUCUCUGUGAUUACUGUGACCGCAGCUUCCAGGAUAACCUGCACAACCGCAAGAAACACCUGAAUGGCGUCCAGCACCAGCGCUGCAAGAAGGCUUGGUAUGACCUGUACAGAGGUGAGCAAAUACAGCCAGUAUGGGAGAGCUGCUGCUAUACAGCCAGUGUGGGAGAGCUGCUGGUAUACAGCCAGUAUGGGAGAGCUGCUGCUAUACAGCCAGUAUGGGAGAGCUGCUGCUAUACAGCCAGUGUGGGAGAGCUGCUGCUAUACAGCCAGUGUGGGAGAGCUGCUGGUAUACAGCCAGUAUGGGAGAGCUGCUGCUAUACAGCCAGUGUGGGAGAGCUGCUGGUAUACAGCCAGUGUGGGAGAGCUGCUGGUAUACAGCCAGUGUGGGAGAGCUGCUGGUAUACAGCCAGUGUGGGAGAGCUGCUGGUAUACAGCCAGUGUGGGAGAGCUGCUGGUAUACAGCCAGUGUGGGAGAGCUGCUGGUAUACAGCCAGUGUGGGAGAGCUGCUGGUAUACAGCCAGUGUGGGAGAGCUGCUGGUAUAAAGCCAGUGUGGGAGAGCUGCUGGUAUACAGCCAGUGUGGGAGAGCUGCUGGUAUACAGCCAGUGUGGGAGAGCUGCUGGUAUACAGCCAGUGUGGGAGAGCUGCUGGCAUACAGCCAGUAUGGGAGAGCUGCUGGCAUACAGCCAGUAUGGGAGAGCUGCUGGCAUACAGCCAGUAUGGGAGAGCUGCUGGCAUACAGCCAGUAUGGGAGAGCUGCUGGCAUACAGCCAGUAUGGGAGAGCUGCUGGCAUACAGCCAGUAUGGGAGAGCUGCUGGUAUACAGCCAGUAUGGGAGAGCUGCUGGUAUACAGCCAGUAUGGGAGAGCUGCUGGUAUACAGCCAGUAUGGGAGAGCUGCUGGUAUACAGCCAGUAUGGGAGAGCUGCUGGUAUACAGCCAGUGUGGGAGAGCUGCUGGUAUACAGCCAGUGUGGGAGAGCUGCUGGUAUACAGCCAGUGUGGGAGAGCUGCUGGUAUACAGCCAGUAUGGGAGAGCUGCUGGUAUACAGCCAGUUUUAGAUACCAGGGACCUAAUGGUAUGUGAUGCAUGCAGAAUGCUUAGUUGUAUAGGGAGAGGUAUUAGCAGUAGAAAGAGGGAAGUGGUCAUGCCAUUGCACAGAACACUGGUGAGACCUCACUUGAAGUAUUGCAUGCAGUACUGGAGACCGUAUCUCCAAAAGGAUAUUAGAGAAGGGCUACUAAACUGGUUCAUAGAUUGCAGGAAAUGUUGAGGAUCUUACCAUGUAUAGUUUGGAGAAAAAGACGAGACAGGGGGGAUAUGAUAGAAACAUUUAAAUACAUAAAGGGAAUCAGCACAGUAAAGGAGGAGAGUGUAUUGAAAAGACGAAAAAUAAGAGGACAUAGUCUUAAAUUAGAGCGGCAAAGGUUUAAACAAUAGCAGGAAGUAUUACUUUACUGAGAGGGUAGUGGAUGCAUGGAAUAGCCUUCCAGCUGAAAUGGUUCAGGUUAACACCGUAAAGGCGUUUAAGCAUGCGUGGGAUAGGCAGAAGCUUAUCCUAGAUAUAAGAUAAGGCCAGGGAGUAAUGAAAGUAUUUAGAAAAUUGAGCAGACUAGAUGGGCUAAAUCGUUCUUAUGUACCGUCACAUUCUAUGUUUCUGUAUCCAGUAUCAGGGCCUUGGCCUAAACACAGUGUUACUACAGCUGCUGUGUCUGCUGCAGAAAUGGCUGAUUGCUAGGACUGUGCUUUGGCUGUUUCUCAUGGUGUUCAGCUAUACAAACACCUUCAGAAAAAUGGUUAUUGAUUGCUGAAGGAUCAUAGGAAAUGUAGUCAGCCGUUUGCCAGAGCUAACCUAGUUCUGGAAAGCUAUUCUUGUUGCAAAUAUAGGGUUUGUGGUAAUAUGUCUGUAAUCAGUCUUCUGCUUUGUGUAAUUCUCCAGAUGCGUCCGAGAUCUUGGCAGAAGAACAGACAAAGAAGUUGUGCAGGCGAUUUAUCCAGUCUGGUAAGCACUGUGUGUCUCUUCCGGCUCCUCAGACAUGGGAUGUAACCUAUUCAUGUGGCUGAAUAUAUAGUAUGCAUUCCAGUCUGUGGUGUGCACUGACCAUAUAUUUGUGCUCACAUAAGAUUAUGUCCUCUUACUGAUUACAAGCUAUAAUUUAAAUACCUGGUUAGUUGAUGUCCACAGCCAUACAUAUCGCACAACAAUACUCUUCACAUACUAACCAUCUACCACACAUUUAACAUUCAGGAAGGAGACAGAUUUAUUCCUUUUUAUAGGAACAUUGUAAGUAAAGUAGCAUUAAUUGUUGGUUUAUCUAGAUUCAACAAAAAAAUCUAAUAACUGAUUGCAAAAAAUGUUUAAUGUCUUAAUAUACUGAAAUCUUUAUAUGAUCAUAUAUUAUUUUGUUGUUUUUAUAGGUGUGGAAUCUUUUUUUCUUAUUUGAAAGAUUUGAAGACAUUUACUUUAGUGUUUAAAGCGGCACUGUCAUGCCAACCUUUCCUUUCUUUCUUUUUUUUUUAAAUUUUUUAUUUUUUCAGUGCAUAUAUGUAUAACAAGCAUGCAGGUGGUACCCCGACGGCAUUCCACGUGCUCAUUUCAAAACAUUCAUAACAGGGGUAUAUGCUAACAAUGCACAAUUUUAUGUAGUUAUAUAUAUGUUGAAGAUUAUCAUGUUGGAGCAUAUUUUCACACAGAUUAUACUAGGACAAGCAUGUAUAUUGCAAACUUCCUUUUACGUCUAUGUGUGAGAAGGUGUAUAAAGAUUCAUAGUUGCUAGUGUGUUCUCAUGCAGGUAAACCAACAGCCAUCAAGUGAGUUUUAACUAUGCUUAGGAUGCCCCAUUAGAUUGUGUUAGCUAGUACUUAAAAUAUUACUUGACAAUCCCUCAGCAAAAGGUAUGGGUAUAACAGAUUAAUGGUCGUUACUUUAAGUUAAGUCAGCAAUCAGAAAGCAGUUUGUGCGUCAGGGGGCAUAGUCGGGGAAGUCCAGCGAUAUGCCUGACAAUUGUCCCGGUCACCUUCAUCCGAUCCCCUCUGGGCUCGCCCUGUAGCCCCUGGGAGUCGCCAUCCCCUGUGGUGUCAAGGACAUGCGUGCGUGUAGAAGCCAUGCUUCCGACCCUUGGUGAUAGAGGUUUGCAUGUUGGGGGGGUUGGCGCUUCCCUGUUGGGCAGGUCGCUUCGGCACCCGUCCGGAGUCGUGGUCGCUUGAAGCGGAGGUGAGUGUGGGGUUGAGAUCUGGCUCUUCGUUGCCGCUUGUUCUGCCGGUGCCGCCGUCUGCGCCUCUUAGCGGAGCCUCCGGUAGUGACCGUUCUGCGUCCACUCGUAGGGCUGGAGGUCUCUGGGGGUAUAUUUGCAGGAGUGGUCAGCAUAGUUGAAGCAGUGUGCAGCUGUCUCUCUGUUAUCUUAGCCCAGAAGGCAGCAAAUAUUUCGUCGAGUUUGGACAGAGAGUGAGUCGCUGGAUCUCCGCUGGCCCCCGUAACUGCCGAUAGGCACGUGGCAUCCGCCAUAUUGGAGUCGGUGGUCCUUGGGUCGGGUAGUCUUUGGGGCAGACACUCGGUAUGCUGUUGGUGCCGGGAUAUCCCUCACCGGCAAGGGGGGGGAGAGGGAGGCUCGUGGGUGGUCCUCUGCAGCUUUAGGGUCCGUUUCUAGGGAGUCUCGGGCUGGGUGAUCGGCCGCCUCACCCUCGCCUUUGUCUCUACCCAGGUUGCAGGUCUAAGCGUCGCAGUAGGCCCCAGCGAUAUAUCUCGAGUUCCCGGUGUCUUAGAGUCGUACUUGCGGUUUCAUUGCAAUCUCCUUUGCAUCCUCUACAUGGGUGGUGCAAUUUUAACGGAGUUUGUAGCUUGUUAGCCGGGUUAUUUGGCAUUAGUUGUAGUUUCAGACGGGAGCUCGUGCUAACCACGUCUGAUCAGCUCCACAGCCAGGCUCCGCCCCCAACCUUUCCUUUCUUUAAUCGAUUCCUCUUCUCUCCUUCUGUCAGGAUCUUUUCUUCAUUUCUUCCUGUCUGCUCUAGUUUUCUUUAAAACAUAAGACAAAGUAGGGACUACUUUGUCUUAUGGAGGUUUCCUACGCCUGACCAUCUCUGACCAGCAGAGGAGCAAAGUGUGCUUCAUUUCCUAUGGUCAGAGAAAUUUCCCCACAAUUCUUACUUUUCCUCCGUGAUCUUGCGAUGCUUCCUGUCAGUAUUCCCAAACAUCCUAUCAUGUAGACAGAAUGCCGGCAAAACUAACGAAUAUCUAAUUUGUGUUAAGACACAAUUCGGGACUUUGUACGAAUCGGAAUUUCAUUUGAAUGAAUGAAAUUCCGAUCAGAUUCGUGCCGUGGCUGCAUCUUGCAGUCGUUUAGUAGAUAACUCCAUAAUUCCCACGGUAUGAGGGAGCUAUCUACCCAGUCUUUCAGCCAAAUUUACUAAUACCAAGUAAAGAUUAUAUCGCUAUAUCGUGAGUAGGGGCAUAUCUAGUAAACAAUGAGCAGCCUGUGGCUGCUCACUGUUGUAAACCCCCCACUCACCCCCAAAAAAACUAGUGUUCCCUCUCAUGAGCCGCGCAAGUGGGGGCUUUUAAACUGAAGGGGAACAUAGCCCCCCCUGCAUCGGUUGGGGCCUUAAUAGAAAAUGGGGGGUGACCUAUUGUCUUCUCCCGCCCUCACCCAUGAGCGGCUGGUGGGGACCUAAAUGUAAAUGAGGGGACCUAAAUGUAAAUGAGGGGCCCUAUUGUUCUUCCCCCUCGGCCCCCACCCAUGAGUGGGGGGGGCCUAAAUUCCAAUAGGGUAGGGGGCGGGGGCUAUUUUCCUGCCGCCUGGCUAAAUAUAACUCCCCUCCAGGUUAAUAGGGGUUCCCAAACCACCCAAAUUUUUUUUAAUAAAUUCCUACCUACAUCCCUCACCCUAAAAAUAGCGAGGGGGGAACAAUAAAACUAAAUGACUGUAAAGAAAACAAACUUACCAUUUGAUAUCUUCUUUUUUUCUAAAAACCUUAUUUUUUCAGCCCCAAAAAAGGCCAAAUAAAAAUCCAUAAUAUCCGUCGAACUUUGAAACUAAAAUAAAAAGAGAAAAUAAAGAUUAAAAAAUUAGGUAAAAUAGGGCUUAGUGACAUUUGGGGGUAACUUGGGAGAAAAUUAGGUGUAGAGUUGGGGGGGGGCUAAAAUACAAAACAAAAACAGUAUUCGGCCAUGACCAGUGCUGCAUUAAUUUACCUUAGAAUUUAAAUAUUGGUCAAUAUAAUUUACUUUUAACCAAGUUGUUUAGUUUUUUCUUUUACAUAAAAUAAGUCAAAUUGCCAAGCAAGCUGUGUUUGUUUAGUAACUGAACUCAAUGUUUUGCUCACUCUAUUGUAAAUAUAUAUAUAAAUAUAAUCCCUUUAAGGGUACAUAUAUAUUUGCUAACAAACAUAUCAAUUAUUUAUUUUUACACAAAGGUUUAAUUUUUUUUGUUCGGUGGACAUCAUUUUGUAGAGCAGUUGUAAGACAUGACUUCAUUCUUUCAGGUCAGUGUGACUUUGGUCCUGGGUGUCGCUUUUCGCAUAUGUCAGUUCAGGAAUUGGAUGCUCUAAAAGCUCAUGUGGAAGGUUUGUAAAAUAUCUUUCUUUUUUGUCUUAUUAUUUUGUUUCAUGUUCAUAAGUACCUAGUAGAUUUGUACCUAAAGAAAUAUAGCAACAUAAAAUAUAUAAUCUAUUUUUACAUUAGUGUUUCAGUUAAUGAUUAGAUUGCUAUGAUUACUCUGAAAUGCGUUGGACGCAUUUGGAAUCAACACGCUGAGAGUUAUGCCAGACAUAAAAACCUUUGAAAAUCAAAAGUCUAGGGGAGAAAUAGCCUUUAGUGGCUCUAAGUCUGACACACAUAAACAUUUCUCUUUCUGAGAAUUGACAAUGUUUUCAUUGCCUGACAAAGGAAUGGUGCCUAUGAACCAAAACCACUUCAUUAAUAUGAAGUGGUUUUGGUGCCCAGAGAGUCCCUUUACAGUUAAUGCUCUAUACUACCCCAUCAUAAAGUGUAGAAAGUACUAUUCAAUUGUGUGGCUCUUCAAUUUCCCUAUUCAUCAUAUUGUACCUAAUGAUUCCAUCAUACCAUUCCUUCACUCACCAGGGAGGGCACCUCAAGGUGGAUUAAAAAAAAUAAAAAUCAGCUUUGGGGGUUACAAGAUAAAGAUACAAUUAGCAAGAGGCUUCUUAUUGACAACAUAAUUGAAGUGCUGAUUCCCAAAUGCCAAUAAAUAAAAGAAACCAUCAUAACAUAUGGUUACAUUAUAGGAUGUAGAACAACAGAAGUAGAAUGCAUUUCAUAUCCAGGAACUAAGCUAUUACAAUGUUUUCAUUUUGUGCCCUUUUAUGCAACCAUAUCUUCCCUUAUGGCUUUGCGUGGAUGACAUUUAGAUCAUCCACUUUCCAUUCUUCAGCAGUGACAUCUACUUCUAUAAAUCUUCCAGUCCCUUUAAUAUCUCCUUCAUAUUGUUAUGCUUUGUUAGGCUAAACAUAGUCCUACACGAAGUUACUCUCUACACUCAUCCCACUCUUAACCUUUUCAUCGUCCAUUUGCUUACAAAUUAUAAAAAUUUAUUUCUCCUUCCUCCUCUGGUAAAGCAAUAUUGUACAUUACCUUCACCUAUCAUUUCAUUCUCUUAAGAAAGAUCUUUCCUUUUAAAACUGCUUUCAUGGAAUAAUGUACACACUAUCUCAUCUUUAACAGAUUGACUACAGUAACUCCCUUGUUUGGUCUGCAAUACAAUGUCAUCCCACUUCAACUAAUUUGGAAUGCUAAUGUCACAAUCAGUAUAUCCAUCUGCACAUGUCACGCCUUAACAUAAAAAAAAGUGUUAAUCCUUCUUUUCGUACACUCUUCAUCACUUACCUCCCAUUUAUUCAAUUCUUCGCUACUGAAUCAUUUGCUCUUAUAUUUGUUGUUCCCACAGUUGACAACAUCAAUAUGGCUUCAUGCCACUCUUUUUAAUUGUUUGGAUACAAUUAUGAGUGAACAUAUUAGUCUACUCUAAGUUUUGCCGUGGUAGUUUUAGCUAUCUGUAAGUCCCAGUAGUAAAACACCCUACAUAGGGGGCAGUGUAACUAGUCAUGGUAAAAAUAUGAUUGGUUGACAACUAUUUAAAAAUGGAACAGGCUAAGUAAUUGUUACAGAUUGCCCCAAUAGUUUUAUAUAGUAUCAUUUUUAUUUUUUGUAGCCAUGAUAAGAUUUCAGAUUUCUUCAACAUGUUGAGAAAAAGCAAACCAAAACCAGAGUCUCACUUAUGGGAAUUUGGCUACACGUUUAUUUUAUCAGUCACAAAUAAAUGGUAUGCAUCUUACCUAAACACGUCUGAUUAUAGAUUUCACAAGUGUUGUCAAUAAAACCCCUGAAACCAUCACAGAACAGGCCAGCACCAAAUUUUCCAGCAGACGUUGUCAUAGAAAUCAAAUGAGUGUUUUUUUUGUUUUUGUGUUUUUUUUCUUCUCUCAACUAGAUGCUGCAUGUAAAAAAUAAAAAUAAAAUGCUAUUAAACUUCGCUGUAAUCAAGCCCUGAGACAGUCUCCUUACAACAGCUGUGUUUGUCCACUAUGAGAUCAUCAAGCUUAAUGACCUUUAUCCAAUCAAAUGCUUCUUAUAGAGAAGCAUUGCGUCCAUUGUUGCAAUAUAUAUAAUUUAACUAAACCUCCGUUAUUUUUUCAUAAAUUAGGUCUUCUUCAAGAAACUGUUAAAUUCUGUGAGCUUUGAAGUUGUUUUUUAGCAAAUUAGUGAGUUCACUGGACUUUGUAGAGCAUAGCUUAAUUUCAAGUCCUAUGGUACAUUUGUCAUCCCUUCAUUUUAAAUUAAUCUGCAGUUUGCUUGUGUAAAUGAUACUUUAAGUGAUGAGAAAUGUUCUUACUGUUUGUUAUUCCAGUGAAAGCUAUAGGUAUAGGGGGUAGGAAGUAUUCUACACUUACAUACAUUAAUAAAUCUUGAACUUUUCACAUAGUUUUUAACUCUGUUUCAGUGAUUAUGGUCGAAGAGGUCCAAUUUCAGUUUGUGCCUCUAGUAACAUCGCUUGCAUUAUAUGAUAAGCAUAUAGCAAUUACACGCUUGAAUUAGAACUGUGCAAGCAGUAAUGCAACUGAGAAGCUUUAUUGAGAUUACAAACUGUAGGAUUAUCUGCAUGCUUGUAUGUUUUAGUAAGGUUGUCAGUGUAUUGAGGGAAAUAGUCCUGUGGUGAAGUGAGUGUUGGAAUAAUGGAAGCAAACAAGGGGAGUCCCUCUUAAACCUUUGGAGAGGCAUAGAUGGCUGACAUAAAUGUCACCUGAUAAUGAUGUGCUGCAUGACAGGUCAGGGCUGGCCUCCUUUUAUUUUGGUCUGCCCUUGAUGGAGUCCUUUGACCCACAGCUUAGCUCCAAUGUAAGUUGAAGAUGAUUAUUCAGAGCCAAUGUAUCUUCUCAUCUGGGGCAGUUACCCUCCAUGCAUAAGAGAGCAAGGGGACACCUAGGAAGAGGAUGAAUGUGUAGCUAUUUUAGCCGCAUCUUGGGAAGCAUGACCGGUACUGUAGAGUGGAUGGCUAUGAGUUGUGUGUUCCUCUGGUGUAAAGCCAAAAGGUAAGUUCUGCAUAGAUGGUAGUUUAUCUCAGACAGAGUUUCCUUAGAAAAGUCUCAAAAAGCCUCUUAUUACUAAUGUAGUAGGAACAGAAUACAGCUGAAAUCCCCACUCACACUCAUCUACCUGACGGCUGCAGUAAAAAUCAGUGAUCGGCAUGAUGACCAAGGAGAUGGUUUGGUUAAUGCAGCAGAUUGGAGGAGGACAAGGAAUAGGUUAUCCAACACAAAAUAAUAAAACAUAAAGCGUUACGCAACGCAUCAAGUAGGCAUAUGGAGUGGCCAAUGGCUUCUCAAACCAUUAGCUUCUGUAGCUGUGACCAGUCAGCAUGAUGGACCGGUAGUAUCUGUGUGGUUUUUUUUUUUUUUUUUGUUUCUUGUAUUUACGGUGCUGAGAAUUUGAGUUUUGUUUUACACUUUUUUUUUUUCACAGCGGAAAAGAAGAUGAAAGAGGAGCAGAGUAGACAAGCUCCCCCGUGCACAAUAGAGAGCUGGCUAGAAGAGAGAGCUAAGAGAAAGAUUAGACACAAUGAAAAGUAAGUCCACCAGGGGGAGCUUCUUAAACUAAAUCACAUAAUUAAAGUCUGCUUCCUAAAUAUAACUUGCAGGCAUGACUUAGUCUUUUGCAUAUUUUGCUGGAUGUCCUUGCUGCUAAUGGUAAUUGUAAAAGGUUUUUAUAUCUCUGAUGUCCUUUUUUGUUUUUUUAAUUGGCUGUCCGUGCAGAUUAUGCUUUUUGCCAAAUAAAUAAAUAACUCCUUUUCAUUCAGUUGCAUAAAGUGUGUGUGUGUGUAUUGUAUUUAUUGUAUUUAUCUCCACUGCCUGUAAAUAGGCAUGCUAAGCACCAAUAUGACUUUACCUUAAAGAGAAAAUAUAUAAAGUUUUCCUGGCACUAUAUCUCCCUAUAGUGUCUGCCUCUGUCACAGUCUGGUAGACAGCCACUAGAGGUUGAGGUUACCCUUAAAGGUAAAUUAUUACAGUUUAUUAACAACUGGAAUAAUUAUCUUUGCAAGGUUAAGGGUCCUGGGACACCGCACCCUGACCCCUUUAAUGAGCUGAAGUGGUCUGGGUGUCUAUAGUGAGCCUUUAAUGAAGUGAUUUGGGGGUGUAGAUUAUGCCCCUGCAGUCUCACUGCUCAAUUAUCUGCCAUCUUUUAGUUACAUCACUUUGUUUGUGCAGCGCUAGUCCUGUCUGAGACUCACACAAUCUCCUUACAAACAUCCUCUAAAAAAGUCCCUUUUUAUUUUAUUUUAUUUUUUUGUUUCCUUUAUUGAUCAGUGUAUUUUAAUUAGAAUUUCUUAUUUUGUACUCUGUUGAUGGGUUUUCUUGAGUCUGCAACAGUUCCGUGAGUGUGUGUGAGAUUAAAAUUCAUACACUGUGCUAUAAUUUCCGAAUGAAAAUUAAACCUUUUAUUUAUGCAGGCUUUGUGAGUCACCGCCAGGGGAGGUGUGGCUGGGGUGCAUAACUAAAGUGAUAUAACGCCUAAAUGGCAGAGAAAUGAGCAGUGAGACAGCAGAGGCAUGAUCUACACGUUAAAACCAAUUAAAUUACUGUUGUUUUGGUGCUUGGUGUGUCCUUUAAGUGGUUUCUAAGCAAAUUUUAAUGCUUUUUACUUGGAGUUCACUAAAGCCAAUAUAUGUCCUGUAGUAAAGUCUUUCUCUGUCAUCUACUAUUUUUGCAGAUCAUUAGACAAAUCUUUGAUUUGUAACUGUCCUGUCCUAUGUGACAUGUUUUAGGUCAUAUAAUGGUUAAAAAAUUUUUUGUAAUGAGCUGGGUACUUUGAAGCUAUAGUCUAGGUGUGCACUGUGAGGGCAUUCACUCCAAUUUCGUGCUUCAAAUAGGACUCCUGUCUCAGUCCUUCACAACAGAGUAAAUAGACACUUGGCAGCAACCCCUUUUCAGUGAGUGAAAUUUCAACAUCCAAACAAGACCUGUUAACUUUUCCAUAUAGUGUCUUUCAGACCUUGGCAAAAUUUAACUUCGUUUGAUGCUGAAAAUCAAAAAUAAUUUACUUGGGUUUAUUUACCCAAUUGUAGUGAGUUGAAAAUGAAAUUUGAAGUAAAAACAAACAAACUUGACUAUAGCACAGUUGGAGAAUUUAAAAAAAUCUACACGUUCAGCUGUUUGGUUUUCAAUUCACUCCAGUUCGGUAUUUUGUGAAUAAACUCCAGUAAAGAGAUGGUGUUGCCAAGUCUUCAUUCAUUGUAGUUUGUUCUAGUUAAAGCUUUCAAAGUUUCAAAUAGUAAUCCCACUUUACCUAAACAGAAUAGUGACAGUGUCACUAAACAAAGACUUACCAAACUGUACCUUUUCAAGAAAUGAUUAUACUCUGGCAUAUUGUUGGCCGUAGAUGAAAAGGGUUAUGAGAUUUUUGGCUUCCUAUCAUAUUUUAACAAAUCUAUUUAAAAAAAAAAAAUGUCAAUACAUUUUCAAGCUAAGUAACCUUUGAGAUUCAGAGGGUUAUCCAGUGCAUUGCUUUGAGUACCUAGUUUAAAUAGUUGGUACUUGGUGCAGCUCUGUUUAAAUAUAUCCUUUUCAGAGAACGUUGGAACUGUUAGGAAUUGGCCCAAAGUAGCCUGACUGGUAAAAUCAUACAACCAUUUUACCGCUAUUUCAUCCUAAAAAUAGCAAUACCCUGUCAGUUCCUUACAAAUUUCAAUAUAGUGAAUAUAGAGAUUUGCAUAAUUUGCUUAGAAGAUACUACUUGUGCCUUUGUCAUUAAUGAAAAGAAUCAAAAACUCUAUAGCACCCGGAAACAUUUCUGCUGAACAGGGGCCCAGUCACUUAAGACCACAACAAGGCCCCUGUAGUGUUGGCCAGGCUGGGAGGAAGUGACUGCAUUUAAAAACGAACAUUACAUUCAAACACACCUCUGCAAUUACAUACCCCUGUAUUAACACUAAAAUUAUGUACAAACACCAACACUGUAAAUUAUAUGCUAAAGCUCUAGUAUAUGCCACAGCUCUGUACAGAUGUACAACCUAGAAAUUUGUUUUGACUUGUGGUGACUUGGAAAAACAUUGAAAUAUGAAGGGCGCCUUGAACCUAAAAAGUUUGGGGACCACUGCUAUAAACUAUUUUAUGGCACCAACCCUUUCUGCAUUCCAAUUAAAGAAAGUUCGUUUUUUUUCUUCGUUUUUUUUUUCUUGCGGGUAGGUACAUGUCAUUAGCAAACGCCACAACAGCGUACAUAAAGAUAAACAGGUGAUACAGUGGCAUAAGUAGUUGCACUAUUUUUCUUUUUUUAUGUAAGCAAGUUGAACUUAACCAAUGAAACUCCAUAGUAUGAGAUAGUGUAUAGGUUGUAACAGGCUAGUUAAGCACUUCUAGGGUGAGUGAGUAUCUGGUAGUUCGCUAUCAUUUUAAGAAGUUCUAGACAAAGGAAAUAAAAGUGAAUACAAUUUAAGAUCUAACAUGCUAGCAAGAUAUAACUGGCUGACACACUGGCUACACUGGAUUGGGUAGGAGUCUGCCUAGGACACUUAGCCUAGGACACUUAGAGUCCAAAUGAGAUGAGAUAGCUUGGUACCAGGCUCUGCCUCCACUUCUUGCUCUUUCUGUGUGCGUCGUCGAAACAGGAAGGGCUGUGACUUCCAUGGGCCAACGUUCCUGUGUACUUGGCAGCAUAAGGGGGCGACCUCUAGGUCAUGUCGUUCCCGCCAAGGGAGUCUAGAUCUCCGUUGUUGAGGUGGGUAGUGGCAGCCAUGCUGCUGGGUAUGCUGGAAAAGCGUUGCCUGCCACUGUGGCUUCCUGCGCCUUCUCUCUUUCUUGGCUGUGUGGGGGUGUUUAUACAUGCCGCGUCGUGUAGCAGGAUGUCUCCCAGAAACCGCUGGGCCUUCAGCAGGCGUGUAGUCUAGCUCCUUUGUGGUGCACUCCCUCAGGAGAUUGAUUAGGUGUCGCCCUCAUACGAGCCUCCAGUUUGGCCCAGAAGCCAGCAAAGAUCGCAUGCAGCGCUCCAGCAUGUAUUCAGAAGCGCCUCCUCGUGUCUCCAUGGGCUGUUUUAGACCAGACUGGUUGAGCAGAGGCAUGUCCGCCAUCUUAGGUGAGUCAGCCGCGAUCAAGAGUCAUGGGGUGGUAGCUGUGUAGAGUCGAAAGAGGUGUCAACCAGUGGAUACUGGGAUAACCCCGCCGGUCCAGAGGGGGGGGGCAGCAUUGUUCACCGGGACCACUCUGUCAGCAAAGGAGCCAGGAGAGCAACCGUCUCUCCAAAGCUCAGGCUCGUGUAGGCCGCAAGCCACAAUUGGGAUGUGCCGGUGCCAGACAGGCUCACAACGAGUAUCCUCCGGUGCACUGAAGAAUCUUCGACAAGAUGAGUGCUUAUUGCGGUCUGAUUAAUGGGUGGCCUGGGUGUAAAUCAUGAAUUAUCAGGGCCAAAUGCAGGAGCUCUUGCAGUGCACAUCUGGCUUCCUUGGCAGUCAAGCUCUGCCCCCUUAAUGUUUUUUUUAUCUGUUUAGAUCUCCAUCAUCUGACUGCAGCAGAAGCGCCUCCACUAGCUGUCAAUGUGACAGUCAUUAUAGGCAUGCUAAGCUUGCAUUGAAAACAUGUCAUUCCUACAAAAGAGCAGUGUUGUCAGUUGCAUGGUUAGAAUAACAGGAACAAAGCACCAAGACCACUUCAUUGAGAUUAAAUGGUCCGGGUGCCUAUAUUGUCCUUUUUAGUCCUUGAAUCAUUUGGAAAGUUUAUUAAAUCAACACUGCAAAAACUAAACUUUCAAAAUAAUUCAUCUGCAAAGAUUUCCAUUUGACUUUAAUAGCAACUUCUGUACAUAAAUAAUUUGGAAAGAUUUUCUAACAGUGUGGAAUCAUUUGAAUAUCUUAUGAAAUUGAGGCCUUUAGUUUGUUAGACGCAAACCCUGCCUCCAAGCUUAGUCUUGGGUUAUUCUGCUCCCUUACACAAGAAUUGUACAACCUACUUUGUAAAUAUAAAAAAAUUCUCUUAAUUUUAUAUCAUGUCCCAUAGGGGAAAUACACAAUUUACACUCUUUUAUUUAAAUAGAAUCCCAUUAACGGCUGUAGAUCUCUUAAAACAUGUAAGAACAGUGUUUUCACUUCCUCUUGAUUCAUAUAGUGGCCCACCAGGGAUUUUUAAUAACAGAAAUAAAAGUGACAUAUUGUUGAACACACAUCGAAUAACACCUAUAUUUCUUAUGAAGCCCUCUUGUGAAACACUGUGGAAAUUGCCUUGUACCAUUCAAAAUUAGCUCACCAUUUAAUUAACACAUUAUACUUAAUUUUGAUGUGCAUAUUAACCCUUUAAAGACUGCAAUAGAUAUUCACAAUAAAAUGGCUCAAAAAACUACUCUUUUAAACCUCCCUAGAAGUAGAUACAGGUUUAUAUGUCUAAAUGGGAUAUUUUUAUAUAAUCUGUAUUACCUUUCCGGUGAUUUUCUUCACUAAACUCUUCAAAUUCAUAUUACACUGCUCUUGUUAAUCUCAAAAUUAAAACUGCCAUUCUAAUUAACUACCGGUGUAUAUAUAAGACAUGUAAAAGAAUUACAUUGCAGAUCAAGAUUUAUAGAACUGACGACAAAUUAAUUAAACCAAAAGGCAUUCAGAUACAGUGCUUCAGUGAUGAUGAGUCUCAAUGGAGAUUCACUAAGUAGUAAUAAAAUGCUCCCAGUAACCAGACCCUGCGCAGACUGUAUAGUUGUUGUUAUGCUAUGUAGUUCUCCCAGUGAGAAUGUAACACCUUAUUAAAUGUUAGCUCCAGAGAGGGUUCUCGUUGAAGCGUUUUAUCACCACUUUGUAAAUGCCUCCUGGGAAGGAGUCAUGUUUGAGCAGGGUUAAAAGGGGGCUGUACACGACAUUCCAAAACAUGUUAUAUUUGCCCAGUUAUUGUUAACCCAUGGUAUACCAUUUAGUAGUUUUAAAAUGAAUGGAUAAUAUCACAAGCACCCAUAUCCAGUUCACUCCGCUUUAAAAGUUAAGUGAAAUGUAGUGAUAUUAAACCUAUAAGAAGUGUUUAGGGGAUGUGGUUUAGAAAUAAAAUAUCUGGCAGAGCAUUUGAAGAAACAAAAACUGCUACAUAAGUUCAAGGAUGCAAAAAUGCAAAGUAUAUAGGUACCAAAUGCAUUUAUCAGCAAAGACUUUUCAUCCCAAUAUGAAUAAGGCAUAUAAAUAAUGUAUUGUGUCCUCAAUGCAAAUCUAGUUUGCUACUGUAGGGGGGAGGGUCAACUUAUUUAUGCACCUAGGACUUUGUAUACAGUGUUUGAUUUAUAAACGAAGUAAGGAAAAAUAUAUAUUAUUUAUUGCUUAAUACAAACCAAAGUCUAUAUAAGAUAAAGUUCUAUAAAUAAUGACCAUUCACUCAUGAGCCAUGUUUAUUGGGGUAACUAGGAUGUUUUAAUUUGCAUUUAAGGCUCAUAUCAGACCAAGAUCUGUUACAUACAUUUUCUCGCAAUUAUACAUGCGCUCUGUGAUGGGAGUGCAAAAGGGAAAUGUGGUAAACAAAUUCUCAAUCCAUAAUCAAUUAUGCACAUAAGGGAUCACAGGCUUUCAAACAAUCCUGAAAUAAAACAAGAAACCUAGAAAAAAUUAUUGUAAGAAUACUCCACGUAUCGUAUUAUUAUUAGAGAUGUCGCGAACGGUUCGUGGCGAACUCCGGUCAGCUGACACAUCCCGGCCAAUCUCCAGCAGACCCUCCCUCCCAGACCCUCCUACUUCCUGGACAGCAUCCAUGUUGAAGGCUUCAACAUGGAUGCUGUCCAGGAAGUAGGAGGGUCUGCUGGAGAUUGGCCGAGAUGUGUCAGCUGACCGGAGUUCACCGCGAACCGCUCGCGAGAAGUUCACAGACGGUUCGCGACAUCUCUAAUUAUUAUAUGUAAAUCACUAGCCCAGAAUCUAAAAAUAAAGAAGUCUCAUGGUUUAUAAAACAUGAUUUUCUAAAUCAAAUAAUGCUCUCUUCUAUCCUUUUAGCAAUCUGCAUGAACCUUUCGGUAAAUGGAUCACACCAAUGCCAUACAGGAGAUAUUUUGAUCUGGAAUGCACCCCUCUAGCAUUGUGAUUGAUCCAUUGCCCCCUUUUAAUGUUUACUGAUUGGUGUCAAUUAUUUAUGACAAGAUAAACUGCUUCUGAUAGUUUGGAAAACACACUGCAUUGGCUGUUGCGCCUUUAUCGUGUCUUGUUUGACUUUGGGGAGUCAAGGUAAAAUGCUGUCUUGUUAGUUAAUGUUCAAGGCAUGAUGGUCAGUUUUCAGUGUGCAUACAAAAGAAUCAAGAUGCUAUGUAUAUUUAACACAAGUUUACUUUGCACAUCUCAGCGAAGAAUAUCCGGAAGUGGAAAAGUAACGUAUGUGUUAAGCCGUGUUUUAGCCUUAAACGUCUGGUAUACUGUUGCUUUCUUGACAAUUCAAUUUAGUGAAUAGCCCUCUCUGUAACCACCAGCAAGCCAUAUUUAUUUUAACAUCAUCUGCCAAAAUUUGCAUUGCUGCUCAGGAUUAACAUCCUGAAUCCUGACAAAUGUUUCUCCUCUUUUUUUUUUUUUUUUCUCUUUUACAGUGCUGUUAUGUCUGAACCUCCCAGCUAUCAUCUACCUCCUGGCUGGCCUCCACUUUGUGAGCUGCCCCCAUCGCUUCACCCCCCUACAUCAUCCGAAUGGGAUGAGCAGCAGGACCUGGAGUGGGGCUGAAACUGAUCACUCAGCUAUGUGAGAAGAGUUGAUAGAAGAAGCUUGAUGUUGAUGUUGCACAUAGACUGUAAAUAAAGUUAUUUUUAUAGAUAAAUCUUUUGUGGAUUCAUUAUUUACAAACUUUCACUUUAUUUCUUUAUAGCUGGGUGAAAAUAACAAACAAAGUAGGUCAUAUCAAAAAAGUUAGGUGGAACUGUAAACCGUUUAUCAAAAAAGGAAAUGGGGAUCCUUGAGUACAAAGUGCAGUGUGGAAUAGUCUUUCAUCCAGCAGAGGAUAAAUAAAAUAGAGAAAUAGGGAAGAUAUGGGCAGAGUAGGAAGGAGAGUGGAGAAGAGAAAAGAUAUACAUUAAGGUGAAAGUAUGUAGAGAGAAGAGAGGAAAAGAACUUAUUUUACUCAGGACCUGAAUUCCACCAAGAAACUGAGUCCAUGUGUUUUUGUAUCUCAAUGCACCUUUUUUAGAGGACGCAUUAAAGGACCACUAAGAGCACCCAGACCACUUCAGCUCAAUGAAGUCUCCUCGUCCUUGUGUUCUGGCCUCUGAUCCGAUAGCACAACCAUCACCUGUGUACCUUGCUGCAGCUGUCACCUGAGGGGACAACUUUAUGUGGAGGACAGGUGGUUAAAGCCUUGGGCUAUUACCUGCAUAUAGGUCUCUUAUAAUGUACUCCCACAUGCAUGAAACAUAGCUAAAAUUGCCUUCUCCGCACUCACCUAGAUCUAUCCUAGAGCAUAAUCCAAAUAGGGUGGAAAGGCCAUGAUCCAAGUUUAAAGGAACACUAUUGAGUCAGGAAUACAAAUGUGCUUAAACUGCCUAUAGUGUUAAAAACCCAUUUUAGCCCCCUGCACCCCCCGCCCCCCUUAAAAUGUAAGAAAACGUAACUUAAUUCAAGAGCCGCACUAGCUCAACAACGCUCCACACCCUUGGCAGAGAUCAUGACCAUCUCAGCCAAUCCAAUGCUUUCCCAUAGGAAAACAUUGAUAGGCUAUCGUGCAUGUGCGGCAACAGGCUGCAUUGGCCACUCAGCAUCUCCUCAUAGAGAUGCAUUGACUCUAUGUAUCUCUAUGGGGAGAGUUUAGAGCUAGAGGUGCUUCCAUCCAGGAAGGCAGUGUUUACAGCAAAAAAACCUGCAGGGAAAGACUAUACUGAUCAGAACAACUACAUUACAAUGACACUAUAGGCACCCAGACCACUUCAACUCACUGAAGUGGUCUGGGUGCAGUGUCCAAGCACCUUUAACCGUGCAUAGGUAAUUAGUGCAAUUUUUUUAUCCACUAUAAGAUUAUAACUUUAAUAAUGUUCACUGAACCUGGUCCAAAGUUUAGUUGCUCAAUUCUCUGCCAUUUAGGAGUUAAAUCAGUUUGUUUAUGCAGUCCUAAUCACACCCCACUGCCUGUGAUUUACACUGCCUCCCUUCACACUUCCUGAAAAAGACUCUAAAUUUACAAUUCCAUAUCUCCUACUUUGUUAAUAGCCUGCAGGAGACUCGUGUGUGUUAUUAAAGGUCAAUUAACAGAGCCAGGGGAACGUCUGAAGUAAACACACUCUGCUGUAAGAUCUAAUUGAAAAACAAAUCUUUUUCAUGGUGACUGUGUGAUUUACAUGCAGGGGAGGUGGGUUAAACGAGAGUAACUGAUCUAUAAAACAUCUUUAAAGAGACACUAUAGUCACCAAUAUAACUUUACCUUAAUUAAGCAGUUUUGGUGUAUUGAUCAUGCCUCUGCAAUAUCACUGCUCAAUUCUCUGCCAUUUAUGAGUUAAAUCAGUUUGUUUAAACAGCCCUAGGCAUACAUCUCUGCAUGUGACUUACACAGCCUUCCUAAACACUUCCUGUAAAGAGUCAUUUAAUCUUUAUCACAAAUUGUUUAAUUUAGAAUUUCUCAUCUCCGGCUCUGUUAAUAGCUUGCUAGACAUCGCAGAAGCCUCCGGUGUACGAUUAAAGUUAAAUUUUCAGAUCAGAAGAUAAACAGUUUUAAAGUAAGUUACAUCUGAUUGAAAAUGAAACCAUUUUGUUUUCAUACAGGCUGUGUGAGUCACAGCCAGGGGAGGUGUGACAAGGGCUGCAUAAACAGAAACAAAAGUGAUCUAACUCCUAAAUAGCAGUGAAUUAAGCAGUGACAUUCAGUGGCAUGAUCUAUACACAAAAACUGCUUCAAUAUGCUAAAGUUGUUUUGGUAACUAUAAUGUCCAUUUAAGCUAAAACAGUUUUUGUGCUUAGAGUUUAGAGUAUCUCCUUUCCAGUCUCUCAUCACAUGGUAUUGUCUGCACACUUAAAUGGCAAGUGUGAAGUGUUCCAUUUAUCUCUAUCUGUUGAAUGGGUCUCACUUCCAUACUGUACUUUUCUUAUGUUUUUAUUAUCACAGUUACUUUGUUGUGGUUUAUUGUUCAAAACUUAAAGGAGCACUAUAGUGCCAGGAAAACAAACUCGUUUUUCUGGCACUAUAGGGUUAUUAUGUCUCCCCCUUCUUUCAGAGCACCCCUCCAGCUGGGCUGAAUCCAGCACCUGGCUCCCUCGGCGCUGGUGACCUCUCCUCCCCCUGCUGACGUCAGCUCCGAAUGUACAUUAGUGGCCAGAGCCGCGCGCGCAUCCAAGCCGCCCAAAGGAAAUCAUUAAUCAAUGCUUUCCUAUGGACGUCCAACGUGAGUUCAAUGCGAUUUUCUCAUUGAGGAUUGCAGAAGCGGCAUUUAGUGACUGUCAGUGAGACAGCUUCUAGAGGCUGGAUUAACCCUCAAUGUUCUCUAAAACUGCUAUGUUUACAGCUGCAGGGUUAAAACUAGGGGGACAUGGCACCCAGACCACUUCAUUGAGCUGAAGUGGUCUGGGUGCCUAUAGUGGUCCUUUAAGUGCCUGAGAUUCCAACUUUACAUUGUUUUCCUUUGGUGCAAGAUACAGAUUAUAGUCCCAUCGGCUGAGAUGUUGGAAGUUUAGUACCUUAUUGGUUGUUUCACUACAAAGUAUAGGGUAAAUAAUGUUAACUGCCCCAAACCCCACCCAAGCUGUAACCAUACCCAAUCAGCUUAAACUUGUAUUGCACCAUCCUCCAAAGUAAAAAAAAAAAUGUGCAAAAAGAGACGGGGACUCCUGUAUGCCUGAUGAUGGUAGGAGUUAUAGUGUGGAAAUGGACAAUCAGAGUCUGGAGCAGGGUAACCACACACCCCCUGGUGUUGAGCACCAGGGUUUGUGCGGCCACAUACCAAGGCCCUGAUGCAGCUUAUAUGGAUCCCAGGAGCUUGAUAAUCUGCAGAUAUGUAUCCAUUACUAGAAACAAGGCACCAAACAAGAUAACAAGACAAGACUAGAAGAAUCCAGAACCGGAGCAGAACAGAAAGCAGAACCCAUAACCUAUUCAUUAGAGAAACAAGAACAGGACGUGGACAGGACACGACUGUACAUGAACUGGG